CGGCGAUUACUGGAUAUACGACAACGUUGUACAAAUGAAGAGUUCUCAGGAUACAUGUUGGAAUUUUAGAUGCAUUGUGACAGUGCCAUGUUAUUAGUGUUAUUGGUUACCUGGACUUUUGUACUCUUGCCCUAUGAUAAGAGAUAAACGACAUAAAAUAAAAGCAGCCGUAGUUGACACCAAAAUGGCGACAGUGGUCAGUCGAAGUAACCGACAUAUCCAGAACCUGGAUUUACCACAGCGAUACAGUGCGGCUCCAGUUAUUCCUGCAAUAUCGCGUUUGAGUUUCCAUGACAGAUCAAGCAGUGAUUCCAAUCUCGCGCACCCCAACUUUCUGAAUCGUUCAAGUCUCUCAGUGAACAAAUAUGUAUAUAUAGUUGGCACUGGUGAUAGGCUUAUUGUGUACUGGGACAUUAAGGAAGAGGUGGGAGCCACUGAUUGGAUAGGCCUUUUUCAUGUUGAUGAAGCCAAUGCUGGUAAUUUUUGGGAUUAUAAAAACAGGGGUAUGCAUGGACAUCAUAAAGGACAGACUGUUUGGGUCAUUGACCCUGAUCCCCAUUUUACUGAACCAAUAACUAAGGUGUGUUUCAAAUACUAUCAUGGUGCUAGUGGAUCACUACGUGCUGUUACACCUACCAUCACAAUCAAGAAUCUAGGGACUUCCUUGGUAAACCAUGUCGUGGUUGACGAUGAAAGUUCUCGACUUGUUACUCUCACAAUAUCAGAAAUGCAUGCACGAACCCUCAAGAAAGGCAUGUUUUUCAAUCCUGAUCCAUACGUUAAGUUAUCUGUACAGCCAGGCAAGAGAGCUAGCUUUCCAACCCUUGCCCACCAUGGUCAAGACUGUAGGACAUCUAUUGCUGAGAAUACUACCAAUCCUGUAUGGCAUGGAGAGGAAUUCCAAUUCCAGGCACUGCCCACUGAUGUCCUGGAAAUGGAUGUCAAGGACAAGUUCGUGAAAAGCCGACCUAUCAUUAGUAGAUUUUUAGGCAAGUUGACCAUUCCAGUUCAGCGACUGCUCGAACGAGUUCAUCUUGGAGACCACGUGUUGACUUAUAACCUAAUGAAAAGAAGUCCAGUUGACAAUAUUAGUGGACAACUUGUAUUUAAAGUUGAAGUUGACAGACACCAAGAUGAUGAAAGUAUUUCCUCUACCUCUCCUUCUUCUUUGAGUGCGUCAGGAAGACAGUUGCUAAGAAGAUCUUACUCAGAACCAUCAGACCCUGGUAAUUAUGAUCCUCUACCAAAUGGACCUUUGGAGAAUGAACCAGUUGUUAUAGCGGCACAACCUGCAAUAAACAAUCAAAUAAACAAUUCCAGAUUGUCAUCAGUUAUAAGCAGCCAUGCUGCAGUCAGGAGAACUUGCUCUGGUCCACCUAGAACGACAGUGGAACCUGCCAGAGUGGCUAACGGAGCAUCUAAUGUAGCACCUCCAACACCUACACAACCUAUGAGCAAUCAAAGUAGUCUGAGUGACGAAGAACUUGCCCAAGCUACCAAUGAACUGAUGAGAAACAUGCCUCAUAGCAUUGCUGAUGUACAAAGCAUAGCCUGUUCUAAUUCAUUAAAUACUGCUGCGAGGAGACUGAAUGGGGAUUUAAAUGUACUUGGGAAUAAUAACGGUGCGCAGCCCCCACUGCAGACAGUAUUACAAACAUCAGAUGAUGGAACAUUACCUGGAUCACCAAGUAUUUUAGUAACACCACCAGCUGUUCAGGGAGAUGUCUUUGUGUUCUCCAGACCUGCAGCUGUAGAAACAGCCUCAACACAAUCGUCUGCUAUGCCAACCUCAACAAUAAGUUGCAAUAACAGCCUCUCAGGAGACGUCAUCAAUAACAAUUUAUCUGUCUUAGGUAGUGGUAGUAAUAUAUAUGGUCAGAAUCCGCCAGUUUGUCGAGAUGGUAGCCUAGUUGAAAGAAAUGUCACCCAAUCUAACAAUGCAUCUGCAUCAAAUCAGCAAACAGAAAUAGGUGACGAAUUGAGAAACAGACAAACAGAUGAAGUUGAACAGAGUAGUAGCGCAGCAGGUAAUGUGGCUGCAAGAUCUAACACAGAACCAUUUGGGGAUUUGUCAGGUGGUAAUGAACUCCAAGUUUCGUCUCAGGUCACAAGAAGGCGAUCAAGGGAAUCUAGCCCACGUGCAACUCAUCAUAGCCCAGAUAGAUUACACUCACUCUCUCAAAGUGUAUCGCCUCAGAGGAAAAGCAGCAACUCAAAGACAUUGAUGCAGCUGCAUAUGCAGCCUGCUGUUGAUGUUGAUUCUACGAACUCUAGAACAAGUCAGUCUGCUUCUAAUACUGCUGUAGAAUCAGACGCUAACAAUGCUGUGACUACAAACGUUGCUGCUAGUGGUGGUGUUGCAGUAAGUAUUGCUUCUAGUGGUGGUGCUGCUGCAAGUGUUGCUUCCAGUGGUGCAACAGCAAGUGUUGUUUCUAGUAGUAUUGGUACUGCAGCAGUUCCACCCACGAAUGUUAGUAGUUCAUCAACUUCAUCAUCCAACAGUAACUCAGCGGAUCCUUCCAGUCCUCGGAUAUGGGAAAGAAGAAGAGUCAUACGAAAGAGAACAGGAACUUCACCGUCAUCUCAGGGUUUAAGAUCAUCUCAAUCACAAUCUACAUCCACAGACAGUAGUGAAGAUAUUCCGCCAAUAAAUCCACCGGUACAUAAUGACAGAGUCACUUAUCAAAGAGUAGAGUUGCCACCUGGACAGGAUCCAUUACCAUCAAACUGGGAAGCCAGAGUUGACCAGUACGGAAGGAUAUUUUACAUCGAUCAUGUCAAUAGGACGACCACCUGGGGAAAGCCUACUGCCACAGGGAGAGAUCAUCUUAAGAGACAACAAUCUCUGGAAUCAGAGCAAAGUAGAGAGCAGUUAGAUAGAAGAUAUCAGAGCAUUCGCAGGACCCUAGAAAGAGAGGUUGAUGCCAGUGCUGUGAAUGAAGAGGCCCAGGGGGCUACAGGAGGAGGUGAGGGCGGCAGUUUACCAUCACCUGCUGACAGAGGUUCGUCACUAGAGACACCAGCUGUGAAAUUCUUCACCAGACCCGAUUUCUUUGCCAUUAUUCAUGAAAACUCUGAAGCCAGCCAACAAUACGCUAGGAAUUCAUCACUCAAACAUAUGGUGAACAAGAUUCGUCGAGACCCUGCGCAGUUUGAUCAUUAUCAGCAUAAUCGAGAUUUAGUAUCAUUGUUAAAUCAUUUUGCCGACACAUCGCAGGAUUUGCCGCGAGGCUGGGAGGUGAAAUACGACAGAGCUGGAAAGUCAUUUUUCAUAGACCACAACCAUAGGUGUACAACUUUUAUAGACCCCAGACUGCCAAUCAAACCAUUAAGUAGUGUUAUAGACCCUAUCACCACCUUACAAGUACCAUCAUCUAGAAAUAGAAGCAGAAGUGCUGGAGAAGAUGAUAUCAGAAAUUCAUAUUCACUGGUGGGUGGACGUCAUGGCCCUCCAGUGCGACCACGACCUGUUGAUACUCUAAGCAGGCGAUCAGGACACACUCCAGUUCCUACAGCUUACAACGAGAAAGUGGUGGCUUUCCUUCGACAACCCAAUAUAAUGGACAUUCUCAAGGAAAGACAGUCAGCUUUGAGUUCAAAUAUAGUGUUAAAAGAUAAAUUAAACCACAUUAGAAUAGAUGGUACAGAGGCUUUAGAACGAUUUUCCAAUGACAUUGAUCUUAUUAUACUCCUAAGUUUGUUUGAGGAUGACAUCAUGUCAUAUAUACCGAUACAAGGGGUGCAUACCUCAAGUACAGCAUCCCCAAGAGGAUCCCCACAGCAAUCGCCGCAUUCUUCACCAGGGCUUUCACGUGCCAAUGCUCGAGCUCCAGCUCCUUACAGGAGAGAUUUUGAAGCAAAACUCAGGAAUUUCCACCGAAAGAUGGAAUCAAAAGGUUACGGCCAAGGCCCUGGAAAACUCAAAAUGAACAUCAGACGAGACCAUUUAUUGGAAGAUGCAUUCAAUAAAGUCAUGGCAACCCCUAAACGAGAUUUACAAAAACAUAAAUUGUACAUUACAUUUUAUGGUGAAGAAGGGUUGGAUUAUGGUGGCCCAUCAAGAGAAUUUUUCUUUUUAUUAUCAAGAGAGUUAUUUAAUCCAUAUUAUGGUCUGUUUGAGUAUUCUGCCAACGAUACUUACACUGUACAAAUUAGUCCCAUGUCUGCUUUUGUGGAUAAUCAAUUAGAAUGGUUCAGAUUUUGUGGCCGCGUAAUAGGUUUAGCUAUAGUUCACCAGUUUCUACUAGAUGCAUUCUUCACCAGACCUUUUUAUAAAGCAUUAUUACGUCGUCCCUGUACACUGAGUGAUCUUGAAUACUUAGACGCUGAAUUCCACCAGAGUUUAUUAUGGGUCAAAGACAACGAUAUCACAGACGUUUUAGAUCUUACAUUUACAGUGGAUGAGGAGGUUUUUGGUCAGCUUACAGAAAGAGAGCUUAAACACAACGGUAAAAACAUUCCAGUAACCGAAAAGAACAAAAAGGAAUAUAUCGAACGCAUGGUGAAAUGGCGAAUAGAAAGGGGCGUGUGCGAGCAGACAGAUAGCUUAGUGCGAGGCUUUUAUGAAGUGGUAGAUAACCGGCUUAUAUCGGUAUUUGAUGCGAGAGAAUUAGAAUUAGUCAUUGCUGGUAUUGCAGAGGUUGAUGUCAAUGACUGGAGAAAGAAUACAGAGUACAGAUCAGGUUACCAUGACAAACAUCCUGUAAUUCAGUGGUUCUGGCAAGCAGUAGAACGAUUCGAUAAUGAGAGGCGACUGAGAUUAAUCCAGUUUGUGACGGGUACAUCCAGCAUCCCUUAUGAAGGAUUUGCUGCGCUCCGGGGUAGUAAUGGACCCAGGAAAUUCUGCAUUGAAAAAUGGGGGAAAAUUAGCAGUUUGCCCAGAGCUCACACCUGCUUCAACAGAGUGGACUUGCCGCCGUACACUUCCUAUGCAAUGUUAUUGGAGAAACUUAUCACAGCCGUUGAAGAAACUAGUACUUUUGGUAUUGAAUAAAUGACAUCAAGUGUUCCUGCUUAGCUAACAUAGAAUUUAUCAGCAUGAAGACACUCCCUAGCAUCUUGUUAGUGUAUAGCAAAUCAGUGUAUACCUUCCUUACCUAUUUAAAAUAAUGGUAUAUUCCUGUUCAUUUCCUGUUAAGGGUAGUGUUCUAUUCUGUGGCGAGAAUGUAUGUUCGUAUGUAAAUAAUAUUUCAUUUAUAAAUAACAUAGCUGUCUAAAAUUCAGGAGCAAAACAUCAAAAAUCUAAAAAUCAAUCAAUUAUGGAAAACAAAUAUACAGCUUGUACAAUCCCAAUGUAAAUAUAAGCUCGAUGUUUGCUGUGUUACUCCCUGAAGCUAUUUUAUGUAGUAACAAAAUUACAAUGUAAAUAUAUUCUUUCUGUCAUGUGUUUUUGUGACUGCAGAUUCAUUUGUAAGAAAACAUUAUUUUGUUUUUACUGAACCCACCACAUACCCCAUUUAUUCUACCAACCCAUGAGGGCAGAUAUUCUGUUGUUGAAAUAAUCUUUAAGCAUUAAAACAGCUUGAACAACCUCAAAUAAAGUGAAAUACUUUAUCACUGAUGUCUUGUAUAUAGACAGCAUGAUGAGGAAUUGGCCAAGCGAUUGGCUUGCAGGUCAGGCCGGAAUUUGUAAUUGACUGCACUUGGCGGUGAUUACCAACAAAUCAUGAAUGAAUUACACUUUUUACAGUCACGCUAUCAAAGUAUCAAACAUAUUUUUGAGGAUCUUUUUUUUUCAAUUUUCAGUUGCUUUUAUUUUGUUGCAUUAUUUUAUUAUGAAAACUUUUAUAUACUUUUA